AUGGUUGACCGUACUACCGAUGUGGUCGUACAACUCGGUUCUUCUGGCACAACUAUUUUCCGACCAGACAAUACUUCGACCCCAGAACCUCGGAGACCGACACAACAGUUGCCAGUUCCUGCGCCGGAGAAGAAACUAACCCUUUUUGCCUUACGACUCGCAGUUCUUGAGAAGAUUGCUUCACGGUUGGGAUCUUUAGGAUUCGUGUGGGCAACAGUUGUUCUUCUUGGUGGCUUUGCUGGAAGCUUAGAGACAUCAGAUUUCUGGUUUGUCACUGUGAUUCUUGUAGUGGAAGGGGCUCGGCUCUUCAGUAGAAGCCAUGAGCUUGAACUGCAGCAUCAGUCUAAGUACACAAUCUCUGGAAUCAACACCUUCAGGUUCCUUGCCAAACAAGUUAUCCAAAUAUUCCAUUCAGCAGCUCAUAUUGCUGGGAACGACGAUAGAUCGUCGGUUGAGGAACCGAGAAGAGAAGAGAGGCAUUCGGGGCAGAUCGCGCGGACAAGGACAUGGAAAAGCUCUGAUGUUCCUAUGUUGCCUUACACAGGAUGGGUCUUUGUCUCAAGAAACGUGAGUAGAGUCUUCUACUGGCUUCAGAUUGCUUCUGCUUUCUUUAGCAUUGUUAUCUCUAUGAUAAAACUCGUCAAGCAAGACUACGGAGACAACGGCUUGAAACCGAAAAGCACCAAUCUUCACUCUGCUUUGACUCUGUUCUACUCUCUAGCCCUCGCUGAGGCUCUUCUGUUUCUUGUGGAGAAAGCUUACUGGGAAUAUAUGAUUAGUGUUAUCAAGAUUCUUGAGAAAGUGAAUAAAGAAUGCGGUCUUGAGAACUUUGGCACGGGAUCGGUGAGAAGAUUCUUCUAUGAUGCCUUCUCUAGAUGCCUCAAUGGGAGCAUCUUCGAUGGAUUGAAGAUGGAUAUGGUGAUUUUUGCCAUGGAGCUCAUGGUAACGAAUUCUCCUGAUGAACAGCUCACUGGAGUACAGAUUCUUUGUACAUUCUCAACCCACCAAGACUAUUCGGUUGAUACUCUUCAGAAGAUUGGGACAAAUCUUGAAAUCAUAGAAAGGUUAGUGGAGAUGUUGAACUGGAGAAACAAGAAUCAAGAAGAUGUAAGAAUGUCAGCUGCAGAGAUUCUCUCAAGAUUGGCUAGUAAGAAGCAGAACUCUCUGAGAGUUGCAGGGAUCCCGGGAGCGAUUGAGUCGAUAUCUUCUCUUUUAGAGAGCACAAGAGAUUCAGGUCAAGCCACGGAUGAGAUUGGAGAAAAGAGUAUCAAUAAUUCAAAUUUAUGGACGUUGAACAAUCUUGGACUGCUGAUUCUGAAAAGGCUAGCUCGAGAUCAUGACAACUGCGGGAAGAUUGGGAAAACUAAAGGGUUACUAUCAAAGAUCAUUGACUUCACUUACGCUGAGAAGAGGUUGUUGGAAGAUUCAAGAGUUGCGGUUGCAGAGCCUUACAAGAUCUUGGCAGUGAAACGGUCUUUGAAACUGUUAAAGAAGCUGGUGAGCACAACAGGAGCCACAGGGAAGAACUUGAGGUUGAUUAUCUCUGGGAUUGUCUUCACAGUGAGCAACAUUAGGGAAACGUUACACCAUGGAAAGAGUCAACCUGAUUUGCAAAAGCUCUGUGCAGAAAUCUUGACUUUCCUUGCGUUUGACGAAGGUGCAACCGAGAAAAUUGGAGGCUCGGGCGGCAUUUUAAAGGGACUUCUCUGCAUAUUCUUGAACAAUGAGAUUCCAGAGGAUAAAAGUGGUGUGAGGGUCUCUGCUGGUGAAUCCAUAGCUUUGUUAGCUCAAGGAAGUAAAAGCAAUUGCCAACGUAUCUUAAGAUCAAAUGUUCUUCAGGAUCUGGUUGAGGCAUUGAACAGCCCGUUGAUUCGGUUGAAUGCAGCGAGAAUCUUGCGGAACCUCUGUGCAUAUACAGCUCCUGACCUGUUCAAUGAACAGCUGAAGAAAAUAAUUAAAUCUGCAGGAAAAACAGUUCUUAUGGCAAUCAAGUAUGAAGAGAGAAAGCCUCAAGAAGUUAUGGUGGGAUUAGCACCACAUAUUCUCAAGUUAAUGAGUCUUGAAGAAUUGAGAUGGAUGUUCAAGAAAGCGGGAGUGGGCGAGGAAGAACUAGCCGAGGCAUUAGUCAAUAUUCUCAAGAAAUAUGAACAGCCAGUUCCAAAGGUUCCAAGAAUCAGGAGGUUUGCAAUAGAACUAACCAUUGCGAUGAUUGAAGCUAAUCCUCAGACAGUCAAGACUUUCCAAAACCUUGGCAUGAAGAAUGAGUUAGAGACUGUCUUUGAGACCGCUGCUGAACUUGAGAACUUUGAUAUAUUCUCUGGCACGGUUGGUUUGGCACGCCAUGGCUCAACGAUCAAUGAACUCAUUGAAGAAGCAAUGCUGUUGUUGAGUUAG